UAAUAGUAGUGAUGAUUUAGUAGACUAAAAUCUAUCCCAACUUACUAGACUAUUACUUAAUUACUAUGCAAUUGUGAUUGUGAUGUUUUCAUUUCGCGGCAGAAAAAACGUAAAACUAUGGUUUGUUAUAGUUUACUUGCAUUUAAGUUUUGCACAAGAAAAGAUUGCUUCAAAACAGCAAUCAGAAGUUAUUCAAAGAAGAUGUCCAUAUAAGCUGAGGAAACUUUGGCAAACUGACAUCAGCUCAUUUCCCUUUGCUGCUAAUCCACUAGUGACAGACGUUGAUGGAGAUGGUGGUUUAGAUAUAGUUACAGCACCCUUUUGUGAAACGUUUGCUGUAAUUGAAGGAGAAACAGGAAAGCAUUUACAUGACACUGGCUGGCCUCAACAUAAUUUAGACAAAUCAGUUCAUUCAUCACCAUUACAGUAUGACAUUGAUAGUGAUGGCAUGUUGGACCUUUUAUUCCUCACAUCUCAAGGAGAGGGUCUGUUUUAUAACACUCGUGGACAUUCUCUCCAGAAGUACACUUUUCAGAUUCAAGCCGCCUAUAUUCAUUCCUCUUGGUAUAAAGAAGGAACCACAGUAACUCAUCUGAAUAUACAUCAAUAUGUUUCUACUAAAGAAGUGUCUCACCACAUUCCAGUUGACCCACACAUACUUGGUACAGCUGUACUCUAUAACAUGAGGUUCCUGGUCAUCCCUAUUUCAUUUUUCUACAGUGAUGAUGACUAUGAAGACCCAAGUUUUAUUGGACCCUGGGGAAGUGCUGAUGUGAAGGACAAGUUUUUUCUAGCUGCAGUUGCUGUUUUAGACUUGCAAGGAUUACAGGCUUACAAAAACAAAAACUCUAACAAAAAAAGCUCAGAAGAUUAUAUACAAUUUUUUUUUCUGGAACUAUCUCAGAGCCCAAUUUUUAAUUUAUUCACUCCAACUGUUGUGGACUUGGAUGGAACUUUUGGUCCCCCUGAAAUUAUUACUGGCCUGACCUCUGGAAGCUUGUAUGUCUUGUCAUUACAAGGAGAGCACAGAGCCAAGUUUCCUAUCCAGUUAAAACCUAUUUCAGGCAGGGUGGCAGCUGCUGAUCUGGAUGGCAGGUUAGGGCUAGAGCUUGUAGUUGCAGACACUAGUGGUUAUGUAACUUGUAUAAGCUCCAGCUCUGGUCAAGCCUUGUGGUCAGUAGAGGUUGGAGGAUCAUCUUUUGCUGGCAGCCAGAUUGUCGACCUAGAUCUGGAUGGUCAGCUGGACAUAGUUAUAGCAACUGACAUAGGAAAAGUGUUUGCCUUAAAUGGUAUGAAUGGAACUGUUUUGCCCAAAUAUCCAUACAAAGCUGGACGUAGAAUAGCAGGGCAUGUACUGGUAACAAAGUUCAAUCCUAUACGAGGACCAUAUGACUUAGUUUUUUUAUCAGAUGAUGGGAUUCUUCACAUUUUAGCUGGAGAUCAGAGCUGCUUGUUUCAAAUGGCACUUGCUGAUACAUCUUUUAUUGACAUUGUAACCCAAAAUGUUGUACUAUUAAGUCGUGGGAUGGAGUUUAUUGUGGCAACAUCAGAUGGUAGCUUAAUAUGCUUAGGUUCAGGCAGUGAGAGCCCUGUUGAAGAAAUCAUUGAGAAUGAAUUUAGGAUUCUUCAUCACAGACUGGCUCAUCCUUCAGACUCAGUUGGCCAGAACAAUUUUGUAUUCAGCAUGAAUAAGCCAGUUAUCCUUAUCGAUGAGAGGACAAGAUAUUUGAGGGAAGUGACUGGCAGUUCCUUUGAUCUGUACUUUUCCAUUCAUGGAGCAGAAAGAGGCUACAGAUUCAAAUUAUGUGUUUACAUGGGUAGUGAUGUAGUUUAUGAAGAGAACAUUAUUUCCAAUGAAGUUACACCUGAACCAAUUAAAAUACAAACACCUGAACAACCUGGGGAGGCACAGGUGACAAUUGUCAUUGCGGACCAAUUUGGUUUCACGUAUAGUGAUGCUGUUUUUCUUAAGUUCAACCAGUUAAUUUUAUUAGAUCUUCAGUGGCUGGUCCUUGCCCCCUUCACUGCUAUGGUUAUAAUACUUCUUGUCAAUCACGGCUUUCCUGCUAAAGAUCUUUUACCUGUCACUUUUCCAUUGAAAUCAAAAUAGUGUUUGUCUUUUGUGUAUUUAUUUAUACAAAAUGCAAGUAAUUGAUUAUCUUCCAUAUCGUAUUUAAUUUAGUAAUAAAAUGUGAAAUAUAGAAACUUUUAAAAAAGUUAUUUUCAAGGUGAUGUAACUUCCAUCUUUUUUGUCCAUUGUAUUAUAUGCAUAGUUUUGUAUUCUUUCAACCUCCAUUUGAUACAAAAGUGGCUUUCCUAAACAACACUCUUUUUUUGGAAACCUCUUUUAAAGCAUUACAUUUACAUUAUGAGUACAAUCAUCCAUUCCUUGUAAAUAAUAUUCACAUUAUUUAUGUAAUUCCAUUUCAUGCUAUCAUUAAGAAAUAAAUUAGCUCACACUUUGAUUGUUUGAUGUAUUUUACAAGUUUGUAUUUGAUGUAAUAAAUAGUAGCAAAGAAAUGUGUCAUAUGAUGUAAAAGGUUGUAUGAAAAGUAAUGGUUGGUCAGACAUGUUUUAACCACAUUAUUAACUAUAUGCCAAGCCAAAUAAAAAGAUGUUACUUAUUAGUUCAGGCUUUUCUAUUAACCAUACAUCUUUAUUUACUAUUCAGGUGGGUUUUUUUUUUUAUCAUUGUUCUUUCCCUCAGAAGUGUUAGUCACUCACACAUUGAUUCUGUUUGUAGUAAAGAUAUGUUUACAUUGAACCUUAUUUUCAAUGUUUUUGAAACACCUGGUCAUCAUAAUAUGGAUGUUUUAACUUUUUCAUUUGAUAACAAAUUUCUUAAAAUAAAAUAUUCCUUAUUUUAUUGAAAUUAGCUUGGACUUUAAUUAACAGCAUUAAAAAAAAAAUGACCAGAAUGAGAAUAGUAUGCUUUAUUCAGAACCUUAUAGUCAAACAUGUAUGAUCCUGUUCAUUUAAAUAUACAUUC